AUGCGUUCUGACCAUGUUCUCCAGGCAUGUCAAAACUGCAAAGCAAGAAAACGGCGUUGUGAUGGGUAUGAGCCUGUCUGCGGGCUCUGCUCACGGCUGGAUGUGCCUUGUGUCUACACACAACGAAGGAAGAGAGGUCCAGGGCGGAAGUCUGAGCCCAACACCUAUCGGUAA